CGCACACGGCCUUCGGCUGCCAGUUGCCAUCUUGUUGGCGUCGAAAAAAAGGAAAGGACGGCGCUGAGACCUACAAGGAGACGGCGGGAAUAAACCACAACCUCCAUUGUUGUUGUUUUAUGUUAAACGCGACCCAGUCCGGCCAGAACAGUUAGUCACAUGAGUUCAUGGACUGCCUGCCAAUCAAUGGUUACGGUAUUGAUAGAGCCGCUGUAGGUUUUCCCGGGUCGAAGAUGGCGGACACCGCGGCGAGAGAAGACGCGUGCCGGGAGUAUCAGUCCUCGCUGGAGGACCUGACGUUCAACAGCAAGCCGCACAUCAACAUGCUGACCAUCCUGGCGGAGGAAAACCUCAACUUCGCCAAGGAUAUCGUCGCUAUUAUUGAAGCGCAAAUAAGCAAGGCCCCAUCUGCCGAGAAGCUCCCGGUUUUGUACUUAGUGGAUUCCAUAGUGAAGAAUGUUGGAGGAGAGUACCUUGCAGUGUUUGCUAAAAACCUAAUCACUUCAUUUAUAUGUGUCUUUGAAAAGGUGGAUGAGAGCACCAGGAAGAGUCUGUUCAAGCUGCGCUCCACCUGGGAGGACGUGUUCCCCCUGAAGAAGCUGUACGCGCUGGACGUGCGGGUCAACUCGGUGGACCCAGCGUGGCCCAUCAAGCCGCUGCCCCCCACCGUCAACGCCAGCAUCCACGUCAACCCCAAGUUCCUCAAGCAGGCCGACGAGGCUCCGUCUGCUCAGCCCGCUGACUCGGCGCCGCCGACUCCGCCGGUUGCUCCGCCCCCUCAGCCGGUUCCUGUCGCCGCUGCCACCGGCGGCCAGUCCAGCCUGACCCAGGAGCAGCUGAUCAGACAGCAGCUGCUGGCCAAGCAGAAGCAGCUUCUGGAGCUCCAGCAGAAGAAGAUCGAGCUGGAACUGGAGCAGACCAAGGCCCAGCUGGCCGGUGGCUUCGUGGUCCCGCCCACCUCGGCGCUGAAGGCCAGUGGGCCAGCUGGUCCUGCGGUCCGUCCGUGGAUCCCCCCCCCUCCCACUCAGGAGGCCAAGCUGCCCACCAGAGACCCCCGGCUGAACCGCACCGGCCCCCCGGCUCCCUCCCAGCCCAAAGAACAGCAUGCUGGGAAGAAAGAAGGUCUCGAAGCGACAGGAAGUCCAGCAGCAACGCCGGAGAAGUCGGCCCGGCCCGACAAAGCGAGGACGCCACGGAAAGAGGCGCCGGAGGAGAAGAAGUCCAAGUCGCCGUCUCCGAUGGCCAGAACCCUGCAGAGUAAAAACAAGAUGGAGGCAGAGAUCCACAAGUCAGCGGACGCCACCAAGAAGGACCCCCGGCUGAAGAAACGCCCGCAGGACAAGAGCAUCGAGGAGCUGAAGGAGAAGAAGAGGUGCCUCGACAAGAAGGAGCGAGAGGAGGCCCCCAGAGGCCUCGACCCCCCCAGAGGCAGCAAGGGGAAGCUGGCCAACGGCUCUGCAGAGAAGCCCGAGUUCAAAGCCGGGGGCAACGCCCGCACGCACGCCAGGAAGCGCUCGCGCUCCCGCUCGCCCUCCGCCACCUCCCCCAAGAGGAAGGAGCGCCGCUCGCCCAAGCGGGGGGGCUCCUCGUCCCCGUCCCACAAACCGGGGAAGCCCCGCAGGGUCGGACCGGACCACGGCAAGCCCAGUCGGGGGGACCGGCCCCCGCCUAAGAAGAACCAGUUGGAGGGCCGGCGGUCCAAGAGGCCGGCGGAGGAGCGCCACUCCGAGUCCAGAGACUCCCCCAGGAGCCACGAGGGGGGGGGCAAGGAGGCCAAGGAGGCUCCUCACCGCUGGAGGAGCGGCUGGGAGGAGACCAAACACCCCAAGCUGCUGGACGAGUCCCACGUGAAGCCUCAGAGACACAAACCCUACGGGACCCCGACCCGCCCCGCGCCCCCCCGGACCCCCAAGCACCGCCUCAGUGUGGACGCCAACCUGCAGAUCCCCGAAGUGCUCAACUCGGCCUCCAAGAAGGACCUGCUGAGACGGGCCAGUAAGCGGCUGGAGAGCGGCGAGAUCUCCCAGGAGGACUUCCUGAACAUGGCCCACCAGAUCAAACACUUCUUCCAGUACCAGGAGGAGAAGCAGCGCUCCGACAGCUGGGACGACGACCUCGCCCCCCCCGGCAAGCUGCCGCUGCUGAGCUCGCCGCCGCUGGCGCCGACACCGCGGCCCCCCCGAGACGGCAUGGACGCCGCCGAGCUGUCGUACUACGAGCACAAGUCCAAGCUGAGGAAGACGCAGGUCGCCCACCGGGCGGCGGGGGAGGAGUGGGAGGGCGAGGAGAGUCCCGAGGAGGGCGAGGAGGCGGGGAAGACGGGCCGGAGCGCCGCGCACCCCAAAUACGGCCGCGCGCCGCGGGACCGCCAAGGCGAGAGGCGGAGCAAAGAGCACGACGAGCCGCGCCUCAUCGAGGAGUACAACCACGGGAAGGAGUUCCCCCCCCUCAAGUCCCUGCCCGGCCUUCGCUUCAGGAGGAGGGCUGACCCCAGAGAACCCAGCGAGCGGGAGUGGAAUUCGCCGCUGACGGAGCGCCCGCGUUUUGACGAGCGCGAGGAGCAGAAGAGCGGCUACGACGCGCCGCGGGGCUACGGCCCCCCCGCCGACCCGCGGAGGCCGGAGGGCGCCCCCCCCUCGGCCGUCGCCCACAGGAGCUGUCCCAGCCCCGUCGGGCCCGAGGCGGCGCCCCGGUUUGAGCGGGAGCGCCUCUCGCCGCUGCCCCCCAAGGACCCGGCGGAGAUGAGUCCCGUCGCCCGCUUCGAGAGUCCCAACAGCGAGCACUCGGACGACGGGCCCCUCACCCUGGACAUCCCCCCCCCGCCCCCCAAGUCCAUCCUGAAGGGGCCGGUUCGCGUCGGCCCGCUGGCGCCGGCCCGGCAGAACGUCGACUCCCCGGCUCACACGCCCCCGCAAGAUGGAGGACACCGGUACAACGGGCCGGGACACAUGGGUCCCGCCAGACCGCCCCCCCCAGGCUGGAACGAAAGGCCCGGGCAUUACGACGACUCGGCCCGGUUCGAGGGGCCUCACCAUCCGGGGCCCGGCAGGUUCGACGGUGGGGGCCCGCCUCUUCACAACAUGCCCCACAUGUCUCACAGCGUCGGCCGGUUCGAUGGCGCCCCCCACCCUCAGGGCCCCGGGAGAUUCAACGCUUCCAUUGGUCAUCAGCCCCCUAUGAGGUUCGAGGGGGGGGGUCACUUUGAGGGCCCGAUGCAGCACUUUGACUCGCCGCGGUGCUUCGAUAACAUGGCCCCCGGCUCUGGACCAAUGGGCUUCCAGCAGCAGCGGCUCAUGCGCUUCGAGUCCCCCGCUCAGCCGGGCCCCCGCUUCGACCUGCCCAACGCGCCCCCGCUCUACGAGUGCCCCCCGGGCCAGCAGAACCCGCUGAGGUUCGGCCCCCAGCACGGCCUGCAGCCCUCCAUGAGGCCGAUGGCCCCCCCCAUCUACGACCCCAUCGCCCCCCAGCAGAACUUCAACAUGAACCCUCAUCGCUUCCCAGAGCCAAUGAACCCCCAGUUCCCCUUCAACAUGCAGCAGGCUCCGCCUUUCAGCCAGUCAGGCCCCGCCCCCUUCUACAACCCAGCCACUCCCGCCCUCGGGAUGCAGCCGGUCAACGUGUUGGGGAACCUCAACCAGAACUUCCUGCCUCAGAACCCAGUGCCUUUCGGUCAGCAGAGUCAGGCCCCGGAGAACCACUUUGGCCAGGUGGACGUCAACGACCUUCUGACCAAGCUCAUCUCCAACGGGAUCAUCAAGCCGUCUCAGCCCGACGCCGCGCCGCCGCCCGCCGAACCCACUUCCACAGCUCCGCUGGCUCCGCCCAUGGUGGAGGAGGAGGAAGAGGAGGCGGAGGAGGCCGACGAUGACGACAUCCCCGACUUAACCAGCUUCACCGUGGACCUCAUGAAGCACCGCUUGGAGAGCGUGGUCACCAAGCUGUACUCAGGGAACCAGUGCUGCCUGUGCAGCAUGAGGUUCACCACGGCUCAGACCGACCUGUACGCGGACCACCUGGACUGGCACUUCAGGCAGAACCACGCGGGGAAGGUGGCCGGCAAGAAGAUCACGCACCGCCGCUGGUACUACGGCCUGCGGGACUGGGUGGAGUUUGAGGAGAUCGCCGACCUGGAAGAGCGCGCCAAGAGUCACUUCUUUGAGAAGGAGAACGAGGAGGAGGUGCAGAAGAGUCAAGCCGCUGCCAAGGAGAAGGAGUUCAUGAGCGUGAAGGCCACCAAGGACCAAGUGGGGGAGCUGUGUGAGAUCUGUCAGGAGCCCUUCGAGACGUACUGGGUGGAGGAGGAGGAGGACUGGUUCCUGAAGGACGCCAUCCGGGUCGAUGACAAGAACUUCCAUCCCGCCUGUUUUGAAGAUUAUAAAAAUACGUCGUCCUACGUCGACGUCUCUCCGUCUCCCAGCAAGCUGCUGGCCGACCACCCGCUGAGCGCCUUUAUAAAGACAGAAGAAGAAGAAGGUGGUGGGGAGGGCACUUCCUGUGCCGUCACCACUAGCCCCGCCUCCUCGCUCAAACAGGAAGUAGAGUGUGAGGCCAGUGCGCCUCCCAAGGUGAAGCAGGAGGAGGUGCUAACGGAGGCGUGUGAUCAGAACAACGCGUGACCUUGAGGGGGCGUGUUUUUAGCGUGUGGAGGCGGAGUCUCCUUUAACUUCAAUACGUUUUGGUAUUGGGAUCCUCGGACCUUUCUACGGUCUUUAUUUACGAGAAAUGCUUUUUGUUCCCUUUGUGGCUCGGAUGUAAAUGAUUUAAUUUAUGAAUUAAAGUAUUUUUGGUACUCUGGUGUAACGGCUGUCAGUCUGGGUUGAUUGAUCUGAUCGAUGGGUGAGUUGUUAAAGGUAAGCAUCUGAUUGGACGACCAAAGGCUCCGCCUUCGCUUCUGGAAAUUGGAUUUUUUUUUUUAAUUCAAUAAAAGUUUGAAACUGAGUUUGUCACAGUGAUUGUUCUUAGAGGCUAAAAUAAAAGAUGAGUGACCUUCAA